CCGGAGCUUGAAAGAACCCAUGGAGCCCGCGACUGGGAUACGGCGGCCUUGAAGGAGUACGGAGACUGGGAAAGAGCAGAGAAUUGGAAGAGGGAUCCGGGAAAGGGCAACGAUCGCCUUCAGCUGGAGAGUUCAAUGGAUGAGAGUAGGCUACGGGCUCCGGACCCAGGAGCUCAGCUUGGAGUUUCCAGUUGUCUGGGAAAAUGCCAGAGGAGCUCACCAGAUGCCAGGAGGCAGCCCUUUUCUGGAAAAUCCUUCUACUUGGAUCUGCCUGCCGGCAAGAACCUCCAGUUUUUGACAGGGGCCAUUCAGCAGCUGGGUGGGGUAAUUGAAGGUUUUCUGAGCAAAGAAGUAAGUUACAUCGUGUCCAGCCGCAGGGAGGCGAAGGCCGAGAGCAGCAGGACAAGUCACAGAGGCAGCCCCAGCCCCAGCGAGGUCACAGUGGACACACCGCCCGUGGCCAACCCAAAAGGCAGCCGUGCCAGGCCCGCACAGAAAGCCAUGGACCCAGUGCCUAUGAGCAGAGGGAAGGAGCUCCUGCAGAAGGCCAUCAGAAACCAGGGCAGCAGCAGCGGAGGCGGCAGUGGGCACAGCAGCAGCCUCCUGAGCAACGCCCGCUCCUGGGGGGUGCAGAUUCUCCACGUGGACGAAAUGCUGAUACGGGUGCAGCAACUGUCUCUUGAUGCUCCACAUGUGAAGAAACAAGGGCUGAAGAAGCCAGAGGGAACAUGUCCAGCAGAGUCAAGAACACGGAAAGUGGCCAGACUGAAGGCACCGUUCCUCAAAGUCGAAGAUGAGAGCAGGAAGUUUCGUCCUUUCCACCUUCAGUUUAAAUCCUUUCCUGAAAUUUCUUUUCUGGGACCCAAAGCCGCCAGUCCUUUUGAGGCCCCGAUGACUCCAAGCAGUUCACACCAUACCAGAGAGGCCAAGGACCAGGAGCCAAGCCGGCGAUCAGCUGCCUGCACUGUGCCCAGGAGGAGGAAAGGGUACUGUGAGUGCUGCCAAGAAGCCUUCGAGGAGCUGCACAGGCAUCUCCAGAGCCCCCGGCACCAGGGCUUUGCCCUGGAAGCCCACCUGUACGCUGAAGUCGAUCGGAUCAUCGCCCAGCUGAGCCACAGCUUUGCAGACGCCCCCUUCCAGGCCAGCCUCCCCGGGCAGCCAGGCUCCUUGGCUUCAGACUGUGACCCUCUAUGUCCUGAGCCUCCGCCUCCCCACUGGCCCUCCCCUCUCAGGGCAGCGUCUCCCUGGAGGAGGAAUGACGGUCAUCAGCAGGCCCCAGGUGCCACCGAGCAUGGUGGGACUGUGAGUGGCAUGAAGGCAGCAGCAGAGCCUGUGGAGGCGGGCAAGAUUCCUGAACCGAUAGCGAGCUGCUGGGAGCUGAAGGGGUCAGCUGACAGCUUUGGGGACCCCCUAGAGACCUCAGGCUCUGGGAGCCCUGCUUACCAGGGCCUCCUAACCAGCUCAGGACUUACUGAACUCUCCUCUGGCCCAGAGCUGCCUCAUUUUGGCCACAAGCGGAAGGUUCAGUUCCCCGGUGGCAGUGCUGAGAAGAGGCCAGGUGCAUCCUGGCCACAAGCCUCACUCUUUGUCCCAAGAGCCCCCAGCCCCUGUGGCACCCCCAGCUCCUGUGGUAUCAGGACAACCAGCAGCAAGCACCUUCCCCUUCCAGGCUAUGAGCCUAGGUCUCUGGCCUCCCUCCAGCCUGUGCACCACCCACAGGGAGAGACCUGCCUCACCCUCCCAGGCGGCCCCCCAAUAGAUUGGCAGAGUGCUGGGCCACACAGGCUCCCUGGCCUGGGGCAGGAAGGCCCCCAGGACCUAAGUGUUCUGAGGGUGCCGCCCCUGGCCCUGCCUCCCAGCAGGCUGAGCAGCUCCGGGCCAGCUGCCAGCCCACCUGCCCUCAGCUGCAGGCACGGAGCCCCCAGGAGGACCUGCAGAGAGCCCGGCUGCCUUUCCCUGCCACCCUCUGCCAGCCAGCAGGCGGACCAGCUGCUCCCAAUGGUUCUGGACCUCCCAGCCUCUUCCAGGCCCCUGACUCCCAACCCCAGCCCACUGCCAACAGAGAACUACUUCUAUGAGUCCCCGCCCAGCCCUGGGCAUGCAGCUCUGGGGCCAGACAACUCCCAACUUGAGGGCAAGUUAUAUGUCAGCUGAGGGGUACACACCCAGCCCAGGCCAACCAGACACACAAGGAGGAGCCGACCCGGAGUCUGGCCCUGGACGAUCAUGGCUGAGCUCUAGGUGCAUUAGAUGGAGCCAGUCCUCCCGGCCACCAAGUCUUCAGGGCUGGGGGCUGCCCUCUCCAGCCAUGGAUCGUGCAGGCGCGGCCAGCUGCUCAGGCCGGGAGGCAGGGGUAAGGUUGGCAUAGGGAGGGCCCACAGAGAAGCCAGAGCAGCAGCGCCCUGGCCUGUCCCUCUGCAGGCACUUGCUCAGCCAAGAGGGUUAGUUGUCGGUGUUCCCCACCCCCACCCCAGCCUCCUUUCCCACAAGCAUGUGGCUCUCCUACUUUCUGAGAUGCCUGCAUGUUGUCCCCUCCCCCAGCCCCCCACGCUGGUGCACACAGAUCCUCAGGAACAUAUGAAGCAGAGGAGGGGCUCGGCUGCUCCAUUUCCAAAGCUCCCUCCCGUCACACUUACUGGGGGCCUAGCACUGACCCUCCCCUGAGCCCAGGACGUGGCCUGAGCCCCCUCUGGGGCGGCUGCCCACCCAGAGUUCUGUUCCAGGGUCAGUAGCUCACCUGCCAACUUCUGCAUCCCCCUCCUUCCCCAAGGACCUCCCCCCACUUCUUUCAGCUGAGCCAUUAAUCUGGAGACAGGGAUGAGUUUGCUAUCGAUUCUUUGGCCACUUUUUUUUUAUUAUUACAUCUUGUACUGUGGUUCUUCUCACCCUUCUCUGCCUUUGUGUUUGUCUCUUUAAAUGUUGAAGCUCCCAGAAGCCUGGUGCUAUUCUGUAUCUCAUUUUGGAGGAAGAAAGUUGGAGGGGGGGGUGGCGCCUAGAUGCAGGUGAGGACCUGAGUUGUUAGUGUGGAAAUAGAACGGCUAUGUAUACAUUGCUCACAGAAAUCAGGUUUGGCCUUUUCAUGCCAUCCCGUUAAGUUUCACAAUUAAUCUUGGUUCAGAAGAUGUAAAAUAAAUUUAUUAAUAACAAACAGCAAA